UGGCACUUUUUAAAAGUGCAGCCGGAGGCCCAGCGCGUCGUCCCCCCCGUCCGCACCGUCGGGUCCCCCCAGCUUCGCGUGCCCCCCCGAGUCUGCACACGGCCAGCAUCAUGCCUGUCAAAGGAGGCACCAAGUGCAUCAAAUACCUGCUCUUCGGGUUCAACUUCAUCUUCUGGCUGGCCGGCAUCGCGGUCCUGUCCAUCGGACUGUGGCUCCGAUUCGACUCUCAGACCAAGAGCAUCUUCGAGCAAGAUAAUAACCACUCCAGCUUCUACACAGGCGUCUACAUUCUGAUCGGAGCAGGCGCCCUGAUGAUGCUGGUGGGCUUCCUGGGCUGCUGUGGCGCUGUCCAAGAAUCCCAGUGCAUGCUGGGGUUGUUCUUCGGGUUCCUCCUGGUGAUCUUUGCCAUCGAGAUCGCUGCGGCCAUCUGGGGCUAUUCGCACAAGGAUGAGGUGAUUAAGGAGGUCCAGAAGUUUUACAAGGACACCUACAGCAAGCUAAAGAACAAGGAUGAACCCCAGAGGGACACUCUGAGAGCCAUUCACUAUGCGUUGAACUGCUGCGGUCUGAUUGGAGGUGUGGAGCAAUUUAUCUCAGACAUCUGCCCCAAAAAAGACCUUUUGGACAACAUCCAAGUUAAGCCCUGCCCCGAUGCCAUCCAAGAGGUCUUCGACAGCAAGUUCCACAUCAUCGGCGCGGUGGGCAUUGGCAUCGCCGUGGUCAUGAUUUUCGGCAUGAUUUUCAGUAUGAUUUUAUGUUGUGCCAUCCGGCGGAACCGGGAGAUGGUGUAGAUUCGGCUGGCAGACAACCUGAGCAGGAGACUUCACCCCUGAUAGCGUUGUUGCUUGUUUUUAUUCUUGUUGCUGUCCUUGGCUUUGGUGUUGUUUGUUUGGGGUUUGUUGUUUUGUUUUUUUACCACUAACAGGCUUCCUUUCGCAUUUCUAAACAAAAGUCAUCCCUCCCUGUCUCUGUCAUGCAUUACUCCAUAUUGACAUGGUGGGGCUAAGAUUUAGGGGUUUGCUUGGCUUUCGCCUUCUAUUUUUAAAGAUAUUUUGUAUUUUGUAUUGUGCUUGCUCCGUGUAGCAGAAAUCCUGCAAAGAAAGGUACUCCGCAGCCCAGACUCUACACAGAAGAUGUUGUACAUAGAGAGAAAAUGUUCUGUUUUGCCUUACAUAGAUUUAAAAGGAAAAAAAAAAGUCUAUCAAAUGUAAUCGGGUUGUAACUUAUAUUUGAAGACAAUUUGAUACAUAAUAAAAGAUGAUGACAAUAUGUGAGAUGCA